AAAAAUUAAUAAAUAAAUAAAUAAUUUAAAUAGCUAAUAUCUACUUUCUUUAAAUUGAUGAAUAUGCAUUUAACUAAUAUAGUAAUUAUUUUUAUUGUUUUAAUAAUAUAUUCUACUUAAGCGUAAAGAGCUAAUGAUUGCUUAAAGUAAGGAUUCUAACAAUGUCUUGAUAACUUAGGAUAAUGUACAUCUGAUUUAAAUUCCUGCUCAUAGAAUUGCAACAUAUCUGAUGAGUGCGAGGAGUCAUGUUGUUUGGAUGGAUAUUGCUUAAAAUAAGAAUUAUGUUAAACUAAUAUCUCUUCUGACUAGCGUAGAGAUGCGUAACUCUCUAAAAAAACUUAAAAAUUUAGCUUAAAUAAAUUUUUAGAACAUCUUCAACCAUUUUUUUUUGCUGUAAUUUGUCUUUCACCAAUAUUUUGCUAUGCCUAUUGUAAAUUUAGAAGCACUAUUUAAACAACUGUCAUUUAAUAUGAAGGAGAAAUCCUCAAUACUGAAAACGAAUAACAAGUUUAAGAGAAGUCAGGUUAACCACUUAGUUAAUGGCAGAAAUAAAAAUAAGAAAAUUAAUAGUAAGAGCAACUAGAAUCUGUUUCUACACAAGAAGAUAGUAAGUAGCUUCCACAAAAAUAGUUAGAUAAGUCAAAUAUCUAAGGUUUUUCAUUAGAUUGUUCACAUUUUAAUGCCAGUGUAUUCUAGCAUGACUACGAAAAGUAAAUAUGUGGAGAUACUACUUUUUGCAAGAUAAAUUAAUAAUGA